AUGGCAUUCCCUUAUAAGAAAGUCCUCAUCAUUGGCGCCACCUCUGGAAUUGGCAAAACACUCGCGGACAAAGUCAUCCAAAAUGGAUCCAAGCUGAUUGCUGCCGGUCGGAGAAGGGAGAAUCUUGAAGAUAUCAUCCAGAAAUAUGGCAGUGACAAGGUUUCUGCGAAGGUGUUUGAUGUUAUGCAGCUCGAGCAGGUUCGAUUGCCAGCCCAACUGAAAGGUCAUGGGCGCCAAACUAACGAACCACACACACUGCAGAUUCCCCAAUUUGCCUCUGAAAUCAUUGCUGAGAACCCAGACCUGGACUGCAUCUUUGUCAAUUCCGGCAUCCAGCGCCCCUUUGAUUUUUCGAAGCCGGAAACUGUCGAUCUCGACAUCUUCGACCAAGAAUUGAUCACAAAUUAUACCUCGGCCGUGCGCUUGACGAAGGCUUUCCUCCCACACUUGCAGAGCCUGAAUGUCCCAACAGCGAUCGCAUUCACAACGUCUCAAAUGGCGCUCGUGCCGAUGAUGCGAUGCCCAAAUUAUGGCGCAUCCAAGGCCGCAUUGCAUCACUUUAUUCUGGCUCUUCGCACUCAGUUGCAAGAUGGGCCUGGAAACGUGAAGGUUUUGGAGAUCUAUCCUCCCGCUGUGCAGACCGAACUUCACGAUGCUAAGCAUCAGCCCGAUUUGAAGGAUGGGCAUCUGAUUGGUAUGCCAUUGCAGGAGUUUGUGGAUGAGGUUUGGGGCCGGAUUUCACAAGGUGAAGAGCAGAUUCCGGUUGGAUCUGCCCAGGAUAUCUUCAAUGCGUUUGAGAUUAAGAGGCAAGAGUUGUACCAUGGUAUGACGGAGUUGCUUUCUGGGCUGUUGAAGCAGUUCUUGCGCUAG